AAUAAAACAUGUAAAUAAUUAUUUUAAUAUAUUUUAACAAUUAUAUAAAUAUCUUCAUGUCAUUUGUUUUUCAUUUAAAUUAUUGAUAAUUUGUCGCAAAAAAAGAAUAAUAAAAAAAUUGUAGAUAACUUAACUGAUAGUUAAUGAAAACAACAAUGUCCACUUCUCGUGUUGAUGAACUGAUAAAUUAUUUUAAAUCACAUAAUAAAAUUAGAGAACAACAAAGUCAUUCUGCGAAAGUACAUAGUGUAGGAUGGAGUUGUGAUGGAAAACUUUUGGCUUCAGGAUCUUUUGAUAAAUCUGUUUGCAUUUUUUCUCUUUGCCCAGAUCGUCUAAAACAAGAAACAACUUUCAGAGGACAUGGUGGUAGUGUAGAUCAACUAUGCUGGCAUGCCUUUUAUCCAGAAUUAUUGUCUACUGCAAGUGGAGAUAAAACAGUUCGUAUAUGGGAUACAAGAACUCAAAAAUGUACAGCAAAUAUCAGUACAAGAGGUGAAAAUAUCAAUAUAUCAUGGUCACCUGAUGGUAAUACAAUAGCUGUAGGAAACAAAGAAGAUUUGGUGACUUUUAUUGAUGCACGAGUAAUGAAAAUUCGUGCAGAAGAACAGUUCAAUUUUGAAGUGAAUGAAAUUUCAUGGAAUAAAGAUUCUGAUACAUUUUAUUUAACUAAUGGUCAAGGCUGUGUACAUAUUUUAAGUUAUCCAGAUUUAGAAUUAUUACAUGUAAUUAAAGCACAUCCAGGAACAUGUAUUUGUAUAGAAUUUGAUCCUACUGGAAGAUAUUUUGCAACUGGUUCAGCAGAUGCAUUAGUUUCUUUAUGGGAUGCAGAUGAAUUGUGUUGUUUAAGAACAUUUUCAAGAUUAGAAUGGCCAGUGAGAACUAUAUCAUUUUCUUAUAAUGGACAAUUAUUAGCUGCAGCAUCUGAAGAUCUUGUAAUAGAUAUAGGUGAAGUUGAAACUGGAGAAAAAAUUACAGAUAUACCAGUAGAGGCAGCAACUUUUACAGUUGCAUGGCAUCCAAAACAAUAUUUGUUAGCAUAUGCAUGUGAUGAUAAAGAUACUUAUGAUCGAAAACGUGAUGCUGGUAGUCUAAAAGUAUUUGGAUUUGCUAAUGAUUAAAAUAUUAUUUUUAGACUUUUAUAUUAAAAUAUAUUAUUAC